CACUCAAGCAAAUCCUCCCUCCAGAGUCCAGACCCAUCAUGGAUUUCUCUUCAAAUUUUGUAGCAAUUCUAGGAGUCCUAGCUCUAGUCCUUCUUUAUAAUCUACGGAGGGGAAAGAAAUAUAGCAGUAAGGAGCGCUCAUUGCCCCCACAAAUUCCUGGUGCCCUGCCAAUUAUAGGUCACCUUCAUCAACUUGGUGCCAGGAAACCGUUUGCCAGAAUCUUGGGUGAUGUAGCUGAUAAAUAUGGCCCUAUCUUCUCCAUCAAUAUGGGGAUGCACCGCACGGUGGUGAUCAGCAGUCAACAUAUAAUGAAAGAGUUCUAUACCACAAAUGACAAAUUCGUAGCUUCACGCCCACAAUCAAGCCAGUCAAAGCACCUAGCCUACAACUAUGCAGCCUUUGGUUUCUCGCCUUACGGUUCCUAUUGGCGUGAUGUGCGUAAGCUCGCCAUCGUCGAGCUCCUCUCCCCCCAAAGGCUCAAGUUGUUGAAGGAUGUUCGAACAUCUGAAGUGAGUCUUGUCAUUAAGGAUCUAUUCAGGCAAUGGAAGGAAAAUAAGAACAAUCCAGUCAAGGUUAACAUGAGCGACUUGUUUGAACAUUUGGUGCUCAAUAUGAUAACAAGAAUGGUGGCAGGAAAGCGAUACUUCAAAGGUGACAAUAAUGGGCACGAUGAAAAGGGACGUCCCAUUGGAGAAGUCAUGAGGGAAUUCAUGUAUUUUGCUGGUGCUUCUGUUCCUUCUGACUUGAUUCCUUUUCUAGGAUGGACGGAAUUCAUGUAUGGGUCUGUGAAAUCUAUGAAGAAGAUUAACAAGGAAUUGGAUUCCAUUAUAGAUGCCUGGGUUCAAGAACAUGAGUUGAGAAGGCUCAACGGUGAGGUGGAGACCAAGCAGGAUUUCAUAGAUGUUUUGCUAUCUGCAGUUCAGGAUGAUUCCCAAUUCGGCAAUUCUCGUGAAACAGUUAUCAAAGCAACAAUAAUGACUCUUAUCAUCGGUGGGUCCGAUACAACAUCUAUCACCAUGAUAUGGAUGUUGGCCAAUUUGUUGAACAACAGGCGUGAAUUGCAGCUUGCCCAAGAGGAGAUAGAUCAGAAAGUUGGAAGGGACAGACCCGUAGAAGAAUCAGACGUCGAAAACUUAGUGUACCUCAAAGCAAUCAUUAAAGAAACGCUGAGAUUAUACCCAGCAGGUCCCCUGGCAGUUCCUCGCGAGGCAAUGGAAGAUUGCACCCUGUGCGGAUACCAUAUUCCAAAGGGCACUCGUUUUUUGACAAACUUAUGGAAGUUGCAUCGCGACGCUAGUGUGUGGCCUAAUCCUGAAGAGUUCAAGCCAUAUAGAUUUCUGACAACCCAUACACACGUAGACCUUUUGGGUCAAAAUUUCGAGCUCGUGCCAUUUGGUUCAGGGAGAAGGUCCUGUCCAGGCCUCAACUUUGCUUUGCAAGUAGUACAACUGGGAAUGGCUAGGCUGCUCCAAGGAUUCAACUUCACGACACCAAACAAUGAGCCCGUGGACAUGACUGAGAGCUUAACCUUAUCCUUGUGCAAGGAAACUCCUCUGGAAGUUAUGCUCACCCCGCGUCUCGCUCCUGAGCUUUACCAGUACUAAACUAGAAGAUGAUCAUUGGAUAAUAUACAGAGUGCCGUAAUUAUUUAAAUAAAGAGAGGUAACGGUCUAACAGUUGCUUCCUUGUCUAAAAAUAAUAUGUGAACUUCCAGCUUAAUAUGUUGAUUUCAGGCCUUGCCUGUGCUGUUCGUUCUGUGAAAAUUGUGUGAGAAGAACCAUCAUCAUUAAAACUUUUUGUUUACUCCAUUAGUAAAAAAUAUCAGCAUGUUUCAUAA